ACUUUCAAGGUUGUUUCUCGCCUUAACAAAGUGUCUACUUGUGUAUAGACGUUCAUUUCGAAACACGUACUUCCGACGCAUCUGACUGGUCGCCAGAAGGUUAUUAUAUGUCAAAUAAAUCACAUAGAAAAGAACCGAUUAAUUCAUCUCGUUUACAAAUUUUAAUCGAUAAAGUUACUACAUGUGGUUCAAAUAAGCCUGAAGAUGGACUAUUUGGUGAAAUUAUCAACCUUUGCUGCGAAUCAACUCCUAUCGUUUCUGAUCUCUUCCGACUGGCUACUGUUCAGUUAAUGCGUAAACAUGCACAAAUUCGACUUGGUGUACUCAGGCUACUUAGAAUGUUAUCUUCACCUCAGGAAAUCGUUAAGAAGAUGGCUGUAUCAAUUGAUCGUGCUUCUGACUUCCUCCCAUUGUCAAAUCAUCUUCGAAUUUUGAUUUUAGAUAAUUUACAGGAUAUAUAUUCAAAUGUGGUACAGUUGGACUCAGAUUCCCCGUCUCUUCCUCCACCAAAAGAGGCUGCAGAACAAUUACAAAUUGAAGCCUUGGAACUACUCCUUGAUUGGGAGUAUGAAUUACACCAUGGCUAUUAUGAUGUCUCUCCGUGGAAUCAUCCGUUGGAUACAUCCUCCUGCUUACAAUGGAUACCAUCACAAAGAGGUCGGGGUCAAUUGAAUGCCUUUUUGAAUUAUCUUAGCUUGGAUCACCGAUCAAUUCAUCAUAUGACAAGUUGUGAAUAUCUGUCGACAAGAGAACGAAUUGAAAAGAUUAAAAAGAAACGUGAUCAAAAAGUCAGACUGUUUAAUAGGGAAAAAGUCAAAUCACAACAUCUUCUAACCAAGUGUUUGAAAGAAAUUGAAGAUGACAAGGAGUUGAUUGAAGAGAAUCUGACAGCCUUAUCAAAUUUACUGGAUAUCUUAGUGCCAAAUCCAUCUAUUAUGAGCAGUAGUCAUAGUAGUAUUGAUAAAACGAACCAUCAGAAGAGUGAAACUGAAACAACAGAGUCAAAUCAACUGAUGACGGAUUCCGACAACCAAUCUCAUGAAGCAACAACCGAAAAAGCCAAUCCUAUGGAUAAUUUACGUCUGCAUGGUUGCCUUCUUGGAAGUUCUAGCGGUUAUGGUUUAGGUUCAACGCUUAAUAUUGAAAUUCAUAUACCCUAUAAUUUUCAAACCGAUUCAACUCAUAUUUCAUCUGGACCAAAAGUUCAUGUGAAACGAUCCAAAGAGAUACGGGAUGUCGAAGAUUCAGCUAAGCGAUAUGCUCAUUUAGCAAGAGAAAAGUAUAAGCCUAAAUUAAUCAAUUGGUUACAAUCUCUGGAAAGUGGCAUUCAGUUAAUUAGUUUGCCUAAAAAUCUUUUGAAAAAACGAAACGAAAAAAUCGAACAGAUUAAACAUUGGAUUAAUCGUCUUGAAACGCUGACUUCACUUUUCUAUGAUCGAAUUGAAUUUAUUAAUGAAGCUGGCGAUGAAGAGGAUGUUGAUGGAUGUCAAGAAAACUAUGAUAAAAAACUGACUGUUGGUCGUGGUGGCGACAAUUUACGUUGGUCGAACGAUGCAGUUGGUUCCACUGAUGAUGAAGAUAGUGACUUCGAAGAUGUAGAUCAGGGUGUUGAACCAGCUGUUUCUGUUGAUUCAUCAUCAUGUCAAGAAUUCGAUUCCAUUAACUCCCGUAAACAAAAAGUUCUGACACCGAAUGAAAUUGAUAAUUCUAAACUUACAAGUACAACUGAACAACUUGUGGAUAACCACCACCGGCACCAGCAGCACCGCCAGACAACACAUUCAAAUGAUGAAUACAUUUCAAGCGAUAAUAAUAUUAUAAUCGAUGACGAUUAUACUACAACAGCAGUUAUUCCACGUAGAACAAUUGAAUGUGAACAUCGUUUUUGGAAACCUAUUGUCUCCGAUGACAAUGAUAAUCAGCAUAAAGAGUAUCUUGAAUCAGCGAUUUCAUGGAAUUCGACAGUUGUUAUCCCACAAUGUGAUGCUUCACUUCCGUGUAACGACUCAUUGAAGGUGGACAUCAGCAGUAGGAGUAGUGGUAGUAGUCCUGUUGAGGAUAAGAAACCAGAUAUUGUAGCCAAUCAUUUGAUCUGCUGGGCUCCAUUGCUAUCUGGAUCACUGUGUCAACGACGUGACCGUAAUGGUAGAUGUCCUGCGCAUGGUAAAAUUGUUCAACGUGACAGAUUGACUGGAAGACCAAUCAAUAUAGAAGACAGGAAAUUACUUCAAGAAGAGAUGGCAUCUAUAAGAAUGGCAAGACAAAAAGAAUUAGAUGAGAAAAAGAAGAAAGACUCGAGGAAACACUAUCCUGGUCUGAUUAAUCUAUCAAAGAAGGUGAGAACCUCUCAGGAACGUUUAAAAGCUCGUGUAAUGAAAAAAUUUCGGAAGCAUUGAAUAAGUGUGAGGCAAAGAAGUGAUAUAAACAUCUCGAAGAGAAAUGACUACUUCUGAAAAUCUCUAUGAUUGUCAUCAUCAUCAUCCACUUGGAAAAGUGAAGCCUGUGUCUUGGAAGUUACUGUGCGUGCCUAUGUAUAUAUACAUAGACUUUUUUAUUCUUAGUUAUUCAAAUGUUCUCAGGGUGUAGUUUUUCUUUCAUAUACCACAUAAUAAUGUACAUAUAAUUUACUUUCUCUUUGAGCUGUUUAUUAU